AUGAAACCUACUGACACCGCCACGGCUCGUUUUUACGGUCUACCGAAGGAACACAAGGCAAAUUUCCCACUGAGGCCAAUCGUAUCCAUUCGUGGCACUCCGACCUACGGUUUGGCAAAAUGGAUGAUCGGUCGUCUUAAGUUUUUGGCCGAAGGCUCAUCAACAACAUUAACAUCUGCGUAUCACUUCCUCGAACGCAUAAAACAUCUGAAGUUAGAGCCAGACGAGUCCAUGGUAUACUUUGAUGUCGUUUCGCUCUUCACCUCCAUCCCACAGCAACUAGCAAUAGACGCUGUGGACCAACUAUUGGCAGAGCGUUAUGAGGAUAGAGACAAAACCCUGAAGUCUGAGCAUCUGCUCGAGCUUCUGCGAUACUGUCUCAAGACCUAUUUCACCUUCGGUGGACAGAUGUACGAACAAAUAAAAGGCACUCCUAUGGGCUCCUCUAUAUCAAGCCUAAUUACUGAAGUAGUUCUUCAACGGUUAGAACACUUGGUGUUCACCAAGUAUCAACCAAAGUUCUGGGCCCGCUUUGUCGAUGACACCUUCGCCGUUGUCAAAACAAUUGACAUAGAGCACCUAAAGGAACUACUGAACUCGGUUAACCCGGAUAUCCAAAUUACGAUGGAAGCAGAAACAAACAACCAACUCCCCUUCCUUGACGUACUUGUGCGCCGGUGUACCACUGGACAGCUGGAAACUACAGUAUUCCGAAAAUCCACCAACACGAGACAGAUCCUACACUUCAACAGCAACCAUCCUCUGUCUCACAAACGCAGUUUUGUCCGCACUCUAUUCCAAAGAGUCGAAACACACUGCAGCACGCCAGAAGAUAAAAGGGCCGUACGAUUGUGCCUUGUGAACCUAUUUACAGCCAAUGGUUAUCCCAGGCAUUUCACUGAGAGAAGCAGACGUUGGGCGCCUAGACAACGACCAAAUGAGCAGCAACCCGAAGUCUGGAGGGCCAUUCCCUACGUCAAAGGGGUCUCUGAAGCGGUCUCGCGACUGUUACAACCCACCAGAGUAGGCAUAGCCCAUCGACCCCAAGCCACAAUUCGACGUCGCCUGAUGCAACUCGAGGAUCCAUUGUCACCCGCUGAAACCUCAGCAGUCAUCUACAAAAUCAAUUGCAAUGAGGGCGACUGCAACUAUGUGGGCGAAACCGGGCGGAAAUUGCAAACUCGCCUGCAAGAACACAAAUCGGCCACUCGGAGGUUAGACCCUAACUCUCAAAUAGCAACAAACGUUGGAGAAACGCGGCAUACUUUUGACCUCCAGAGUGCUACCAUCUUAGGCCGAGGCAACACAAAAACAGAACGGCUAAUUCUCGAGGCGUGGUUCUCCGAUGCCCACUCUAUCAACAGGCAUCUGGACCUUCCUGCAGCUUACUAAGUCCUACUUUAUCACAAUCGUAGAGCUCAGGACCAAACAACCACACCGGACUUAAGUAGGCCCUACGGAGAAAGCCCAACGCUGAACUUACUCGGUGAGGAAGAACAAGAUCCGCCAGACCGACCGCCCGACAGAGAUUCACUCAGCUGCCCUCGACGGAGUGGUGACUCACAAAGCACGCAGGCAAAACGCCGUCCACCAUCUCCCGAGAGGCUGAGGCAGCGAGAGGAGAGAAAAAUCGAUCAGCAUAAGACCGACCAACACAAUUUUGAUCGAUUAAGUGCAUUUUUCGCUUUGACAAUGAAGAGCCGACCCAGCUCUUAGAAACGUCAGCAGUUAAAUAAACCUGUUCCAGAGAGCCUAUUUUCUUCUUCAAAUAUCUUAAGUCGACUAUGGUUAAUUGCUGUCAACAUUACUUAAGCACUCCAAAAAUCAAAGGUUCCUUAACAAGGGCCCAUCUCGAUAGCCUAACCGAACUUCGUAAAAACGAUGACAUUGUGCUUACCAGGCCGGAAAAGGGUUCAGGAGUUGUACUGAUGGAUAGAAAAGAGUACGUAGCAAAACUGUAAGCAAUCUUGUUGAAUCGUACUAAAUUCUCGAAAUCCGAGAAGGACAGCGACCGCACCGUGGCCGUUGAAGUUCAGCUGGUGGCGGUUCUCAAAGUUCUUCACAAAAAAGGACAUUUAUCUAACAAAGAAUAUGAGCAACUAAGACCAGGGGGCACGGCCAUACCCUGAAUGGACGGCCCCCCAAAAUUCACAAGCACGGGCUACCCCUGCGUCCAAUGCUGGAUAUGAAGAAUUCGUCCUAUCAUGCUAUCAUUAGACGUAGCAUCACUGUUUACUAAUGUACCCGUAGCCGAAACAAUAAACUACCUGUUAGCAUUCUUUAGAGUUUCUCGAUUCAGUGCUAGUUUAUUCACCCGAAAUAGACGCACCCGAGGUCGAACCUAUCUCAGAAGACAGUCGGGAUAACUCGGAUAUUCUUUGUGGCAAUAAACAGGAACAUUAGCGAAGCACGAUAGAGUCAGUAAGGCGGGGAAUAAAUUGAAAAUUGGACGUACAUUUGAAGUGAUUAGAAGAACAGUCAGCGAAUGAAGCCAAAGUGUGGUGGUCGGUUUAAAAGCAAGUGACAACAAAGAGCAAUAGACAAUGGACAAAUAACAAUGAACAAAGAACCUCGAGAACCGACGAGUAGGGGUGGAGAAACAAAGGCAGCGUGGUAUGAGUAAGGUCUGGUUACUAACAAACAGUUAGUAGCAAAAAAUCAAGAACACAAAUUGGCAUCAGGGAUGUCACACUUCCCCGCGGAGUCGCGGUCUCCGAUGGCCUGAAAAUGUCAUGGAGUUUCCAUUUGAUCCACUGCUCCUUCUAGUGGACAAACUUGGAAGAUUACCCUCCGUGCAUGACCGUUUGCUGUGCAACGGUGACUUCGCGAAUUAAGUUGUCCGAUCCUGCGUGUACAAUGAGUGGCCUAUCUCAUGAAAUCUGAUAACGGAAUCGGAUGAGAGAAUUUCUGCACGUCUUUAACGUUGAGCAUUUUGUUCGCUUAUCCACUUCCUUCAAUAAAAUGUCCUUUUCUUGUGCAGAAAUUAUGUUUACGUAAUUAUUUCAAGCAAAAUAUUAGUAAAUUCUGGCUAAAAUGGACGUUGCAAUUCAUUCGUACAAUUUCCUAUGUUAAUACACGUCCUAGACUCUGGCUGCUAAUAUGAACGAGUUUUUCAUUGCAAGACUACUCAUUUACCCACAAGAGUUUUAGCAAACAAAUUAAGCUGAACUUGAAAAUUUAUUUUAUGUCCGAUGUUAAUCGUGGUAAUUAACCUGCUAACACGAAGGUUAUUUUAAGAAAACCAGAGGUUGUAUCAGUUCCUAAAUGUCAAAUUAGCAGACCCCUGCGAUUUGGUGCCCUAAAGUGCAAUAAUAACGCAGAUAGGGAUUCCUUCGUUUAAAUGAGCUGAAGCAGUUUUGCCGUUUGGAAAAGUCUACCCUUUAUCACAUAAAUGAACACCACCGAAUGGUCAUUCUCAGCUUUGAACAAGAGAAACACUACAUGUUGUGUCGUUUACUUUCUGUGCAUACCUUAUUCGGAAACAGAACGAGCAAAACAUUAAUAGUUUCAUCAAAAUAUCAGUAUUUAUAUGGGCGCUCUGCCAUGCAUUCAGAACCGAAGAACGGAGUCUAAAAGCGCACAAAAACAGUGGAAAUGGCCUCAAUGUAUACAGGAAGGCAUGUUCUUACGUUAACGGUAGAAAUAAACAGUAUUGCUUAGGAACGUGACAGAAACGGCCAAACGUGUCAAAUUUUUACUCGACCUUGCCAUGCAAAAAUGCAAAGUACACAGAGAUCCGUCGACGGCGUGCAGUAAUAAAACACUCCUUAAAGAGGUAACUUAUUAAGGAAAGUUUUCUUAUUGAUCGAAGACAUAUUCGUUGCUGACUUUCGUUGUGGACAGUCCUUUUUCUUGAAAAUGAAGUUUGAUGUUUGAAUGAGUCUUCACAUGUCACCCAAACGACCCUCUUCGUGAAAAGGAGCGCCCGAACGUUCACUAAUGUGAUAAAUGCCUUCAAGAACAAUCUUGUUUUAAAGUUCUCAACAGACCGGUAAUUCAGAAUCUGUCUUUAUGGGCGAUCGGUUGAAAACACUGAAAAUCAUGAAGUAUUCAGCAAUAUUUCGAGGCCGAUCUGAAACUCAACGUAGUCCGAAAUAAAAGAACAGUACAAAUUAAUUUAAUUGGAAAAAAGUUCUCUCCUUAAACACGAAAUGGUAUGUUUACGAUCACGCCUGUCAGUUCUAUUUAAAUUUAUUAGGCACCGACCGGCCUCAUGGCAUGUCACUUUAUGAAAACUUUUGAUCCUACAACGUCUCCAUCGGCGAAAUCAAGCAAAUUCCAGCUUCUAUUGUUGAAUCCCAUUUGAUGUCACUUUAAAUUGUUAAUGAAAUUAUGAAACACUGGAAAACUGUUUUGGAAUCUACACCCGGAAUGUAGGCACUAGACAAACCGUCAUAUAUGAAGUAACACUACUUAUUAAACGAUAAUAAGAUGUAAACUUCACUAAAACGCUGCUAUUAGACAUGAUUUUAAGUUCACUUUUAUAUUCCCCACGUGUUUGGUAUGAGAAUACAUUCUGUACAUCUGAAAACGAACUUUACCUAAUUAGAGCCAUUUCUGACGUUUUCGGUAUAUUGCGCUUUUCAAAAUAAAUCGACAUUUCUUAACAACGCAACAUUGCUUAUAAUAUUUAUUUUAUCUUUUUCAUUCUUUUAAACUUGUACUUAAUAAACGUAUAAAUUUGACUCAUGAAAUGGUGUCGGUUUGCGAGUGAUUAGCAAUCAUUCGUAAAUUUCGACCCAUUUCAUGAAUCAGGUCACUAACUGUAUUUCUUUGAUUAUUGCCCAAGGCCAGAGACCUCGGGGUACGUCUGUCUCCAUCAUCAGAACAAGUUGACCAAUCCUGGGACUCGGUUUCGCAGAUUGCCACUUCCGACAAAAUGCGAUUUUCGGUAGGUAGGCUCUUAAACAUUUAUCUCAAAAGGUAUCCACUUAGAGUUGUGCCUGUCACCAUCUUCGAUUAAAUAGAUUCUUCGGAAUCGUACUUGUUAUUGGCUCGAACAUACUGAUCAUUCGGGUCUUCACUCUGUCUUACCAACGGCCUGUCAUUUAGGAUCCGUUCAUUUUCACUUAUCGCCGAAUGUGGAACUUCAUCAGAGAGACAUUGUUCUUCUAGCACCACAAGGACAAUUUGUUUGAUUGUGCGAAUCAUUCUUUUCCAUACACCACCUCUAUGGCUGGCUUAAAGGGGGCUGAAUACCCAGCGGCACUCACAGAUCAGCAGCGAUUUCGCUAUUUUAUCCUGGUCCCACACUUUAAGCGGUUUCUUUAGGUCGCCUUCCGAAUCCUUAAAAUUGCUUCCGUUGCCACUGUAUAGUCGCUGAGGACAUAUUCGUUCUACAAAUCGAUUAAGAGCACACAAGAACGAAUCAGUAUCUAAAGAGUGCGCCGCCUCCCGAUGCAUAGCUUGAAAACUGAAGCAGGUAAACAGAGAGACGUAUUGCCCUUCGAAGGAACGUCCCCGUCUAACAAACAUCAGACAAAAGUCAUUAACUCCUGAAAUAAUAAAGGGAUCGCAAGACUGUACAUUCCGAUCUAGGGGGGUCGGAGCAAUAGCUUGCUGGUAGGGUCAUGAAAACCAUCUCCGGCACCGGAGACAUCUUUUCAACGAGAACUUUAUCGUUUUAUUGGCCCGCAAUAUCCAGUACCGCGUCCCUAUUGUAAAUAGAAUAUGGCUUGUGCUUUCUAAGGUCAACGUAAAACGCUUAGAGAACUCAAGGCCAACAAAGACCUGGUAAUCGGGCCAGCGGACAAGGGGCGCGCCACGGUUGUACUGGACAGGACAGACUACCUUCAAAACGCCAAAGGUUUACUGGAGGACCGACAGUUCUAUGUCCCAUGUGCAACGAACCCUGUAAAAGCGCUGACACGCGAAAUUAAUGCUACGUUGUUGGCCUUGGAGAACAUAGGUGCAAUAACAGCGACCGACAGACGCAUGGCGAGACCCCAAGAUACAGCUUUGGCCCGAUUCUAUGGCCUCCUAAAGUGCACAAAGAGGGCGCUCCUCUCCCACCCAUCGUGUCGCUCAAAGCUACUCCAACGUACGGACUGACUAAUUGGCUGUUCUGGCGUCUCAAGUUCCUGACCGCUGAGUCAGAAACCACGGUCUCUUUGUCAGCAGAACUCCUGGAGAAACUCAAAGGGGUAAGCCUCCAUCCAGAUAAGGCCAUGGUAUCGUUUGAUGGUACACCAUUUUUUACUUCCAUUACCCAGGGUCUGGCGCUCAAGACAAUCGAGUUGCUUCUACAAAGCAAAUACGAUAAAAAGGAGAACCGUCUUGGUCACGCACAAGUUCUUCGGCUCCUGAAUUUCCGUCUCAGGAAUUACUUCACGUUCGACGAGACAAUCUACGAACAGGUGCAGGGCACGCCAAUGAGUUCAUCGAUUCCGGUAUACAUCGCCGAGGCGGUCCUGCAACGGUUAGAGUCGCUGGUCUUCCAACAUCACAAACCGAAGUUCUGCGUCCUGAAUGAGGAUGAUACAUUCGCCGUUAUCGACCGGGGUCAUCUGAUGACAUUCAAGGAACAUCUGAAUGCGGUCUUCUCAGACGGAGGAGGAAGAGAAUAA